AUGCGGGGUGCAAAGCUCAGCUCAACCCCUUGCUUCCUGCAUCUCGCCCCCUCCUCCUUCCACCGCAGGUGGCCCAGCAUUCCCAGCGGUGGAGGAGGGCGAGCAGUACGACGUGAUAGUGAUAGGGGCGGGGCACGCGGGGUGCGAGGCAGCACUGGCAUCCGCCAGGCUGGGAGCCAGAACGCUGCUGCUCACUCUCUCCCUCGACAAGAUCGCCUGGCAGGGUGGGAUGGUCAAUGGACGGCAGGUGGGUGGGUGGGAUGGUCAAUGGACGGCAGGUGGGUGGGUGGGAUGGUCAAUGGACGGCAGGUGGGUGGGUGGGAUGGUCAAUGGACGGCAGGUGGGUGGGUGGGAUGGUCAAUGGACGGCAGGUGGGUGGGUGGGAUGGUCAAUGGACGGCAGGUGGGUGGGUGGGAUGGUCAAUGGACGGCAGGUGGGUGGGUGGGAUGGUCAAUGGACGGCAGGUGGGUGGGUGGGAUGGUCAAUGGACGGCAGGUGGGUGGGUGGGAUGGUCAAUGGACGGCAGGUGGGUGGGUGGGAUGGUCAAUGGACGGCAGGUGGGUGGGUGGGAUGGUCAAUGGACGGCAGGUGGGUGGGUGGGAUGGUCAAUGGACGGCAGGUGGGUGGGUGGGAUGGUCAAUGGACGGCAGGUGGGUGGGUGGGAUGGUCAAUGGACGGCAGGUGGGUGGGUGGGAUGGUCAAUGGACGGCAGGUGGGUGGGUGGGAUGGUCAAUGGACGGCAGGUGGGUGGGUGGGAUGGUCAAUGGACGGCAGGUGGGUGGGUGGGAUGGUCAAUGGACGGCAGGUGGGUGGGUGGGAUGGUCAAUGGACGGCAGGUGGGUGGGUGGGAUGGUCAAUGGACGGCAGGUGGGUGGGUGGGAUGGUCAAUGGACGGCAGGUGGGUGGGUGGGAUGGUCAAUGGACGGCAGGUGGGUGGGUGGGAUGGUCAAUGGACGGCAGGUGGGUGGGUGGGAUGGUCAAUGGACGGCAGGUGGGUGGGUGGGAUGGUCAAUGGACGGCAGGUGGGUGGGUGGGAUGGUCAAUGGACGGCAGGUGGGUGGGUGGGAUGGUCAAUGGACGGCAGGUGGGUGGGUGGGAUGGUCAAUGGACGGCAGGUGGGUGGGUGGGAUGGUCAAUGGACGGCAGGUGGGUGGGUGGGAUGGUCAAUGGACGGCAGGUGGGUGGGUGGGAUGGUCAAUGGACGGCAGGUGGGUGGGUGGGAUGGUCAAUGGACGGCAGGUGGGUGGGUGGGAUGGUCAAUGGACGGCAGGUGGGUGGGUGGGAUGGUCAAUGGACGGCAGGUGGGUGGGUGGGAUGGUCAAUGGACGGCAGGUGGGUGGGUGGGAUGGUCAAUGGACGGCAGGUGGGUGGGUGGGAUGGUCAAUGGACGGCAGGUGGGUGGGUGGGAUGGUCAAUGGACGGCAGGUGGGUGGGUGGGAUGGUCAAUGGACGGCAGGUGGGUGGGUGGGAUGGUCAAUGGACGGCAGGUGGGUGGGUGGGAUGGUCAAUGGACGGCAGGUGGGUGGGUGGGAUGGUCAAUGGACGGCAGGUGGGUGGGUGGGAUGGUCAAUGGACGGCAGGUGGGUGGGUGGGAUGGUCAAUGGACGGCAGGUGGGUGGGUGGGAUGGUCAAUGGACGGCAGGUGGGUGGGUGGGAUGGUCAAUGGACGGCAGGUGGGUGGGUGGGAUGGUCAAUGGACGGCAGGUGGGUGGGUGGGAUGGUCAAUGGACGGCAGGUGGGUGGGUGGGAUGGUCAAUGGACGGCAGGUGGGUGGGUGGGAUGGUCAAUGGACGGCAGGUGGGUGGGUGGGAUGGUCAAUGGACGGCAGGUGGGUGGGUGGGAUGGUCAAUGGACGGCAGGUGGGUGGGUGGGAUGGUCAAUGGACGGCAGGUGGGUGGGUGGGAUGGUCAAUGGACGGCAGGUGGGUGGGUGGGAUGGUCAAUGGACGGCAGGUGGGUGGGUGGGAUGGUCAAUGGACGGCAGGUGGGUGGGUGGGAUGGUCAAUGGACGGCAGGUGGGUGGGUGGGAUGGUCAAUGGACGGCAGGUGGGUGGGUGGGAUGGUCAAUGGACGGCAGGUGGGUGGGUGGGAUGGUCAAUGGACGGCAGGUGGGUGGGUGGGAUGGUCAAUGGACGGCAGGUGGGUGGGUGGGAUGGUCAAUGGACGGCAGGUGGGUGGGUGGGAUGGUCAAUGGACGGCAGGUGGGUGGGUGGGAUGGUCAAUGGACGGCAGGUGGGUGGGUGGGAUGGUCAAUGGACGGCAGGUGGGUGGGUGGGAUGGUCAAUGGACGGCAGGUGGGUGGGUGGGAUGGUCAAUGGACGGCAGGUGGGUGGGUGGGAUGGUCAAUGGACGGCAGGUGGGUGGGUGGGAUGGUCAAUGGACGGCAGGUGGGUGGGUGGGAUGGUCAAUGGACGGCAGGUGGGUGGGUGGGAUGGUCAAUGGACGGCAGGUGGGUGGGUGGGAUGGUCAAUGGACGGCAGGUGGGUGGGUGGGAUGGUCAAUGGACGGCAGGUGGGUGGGUGGGAUGGUCAAUGGACGGCAGGUGGGUGGGUGGGAUGGUCAAUGGACGGCAGGUGGGUGGGUGGGAUGGUCAAUGGACGGCAGGUGGGUGGGUGGGAUGGUCAAUGGACGGCAGGUGGGUGGGUGGGAUGGUCAAUGGACGGCAGGUGGGUGGGUGGGAUGGUCAAUGGACGGCAGGUGGGUGGGUGGGAUGGUCAAUGGACGGCAGGUGGGUGGGUGGGAUGGUCAAUGGACGGCAGGUGGGUGGGUGGGAUGGUCAAUGGACGGCAGGUGGGUGGGUGGGAUGGUCAAUGGACGGCAGGUGGGUGGGUGGGAUGGUCAAUGGACGGCAGGUGGGUGGGUGGGAUGGUCAAUGGACGGCAGGUGGGUGGGUGGGAUGGUCAAUGGACGGCAGGUGGGUGGGUGGGAUGGUCAAUGGACGGCAGGUGGGUGGGUGGGAUGGUCAAUGGACGGCAGGUGGGUGGGUGGGAUGGUCAAUGGACGGCAGGUGGGUGGGUGGGAUGGUCAAUGGACGGCAGGUGGGUGGGUGGGAUGGUCAAUGGACGGCAGGUGGGUGGGUGGGAUGGUCAAUGGACGGCAGGUGGGUGGGUGGGAUGGUCAAUGGACGGCAGGUGGGUGGGUGGGAUGGUCAAUGGACGGCAGGUGGGUGGGUGGGAUGGUCAAUGGACGGCAGGUGGGUGGGUGGGAUGGUCAAUGGACGGCAGGUGGGUGGGUGGGAUGGUCAAUGGACGGCAGGUGGGUGGGUGGGAUGGUCAAUGGACGGCAGGUGGGUGGGUGGGAUGGUCAAUGGACGGCAGGUGGGUGGGUGGGAUGGUCAAUGGACGGCAGGUGGGUGGGUGGGAUGGUCAAUGGACGGCAGGUGGGUGGGUGGGAUGGUCAAUGGACGGCAGGUGGGUGGGUGGGAUGGUCAAUGGACGGCAGGUGGGUGGGUGGGAUGGUCAAUGGACGGCAGGUGGGUGGGUGGGAUGGUCAAUGGACGGCAGGUGGGUGGGUGGGAUGGUCAAUGGACGGCAGGUGGGUGGGUGGGAUGGUCAAUGGACGGCAGGUGGGUGGGUGGGAUGGUCAAUGGACGGCAGGUGGGUGGGUGGGAUGGUCAAUGGACGGCAGGUGGGUGGGUGGGAUGGUCAAUGGACGGCAGGUGGGUGGGUGGGAUGGUCAAUGGACGGCAGGUGGGUGGGUGGGAUGGUCAAUGGACGGCAGGUGGGUGGGUGGGAUGGUCAAUGGACGGCAGGUGGGUGGGUGGGAUGGUCAAUGGACGGCAGGUGGGUGGGUGGGAUGGUCAAUGGACGGCAGGUGGGUGGGUGGGAUGGUCAAUGGACGGCAGGUGGGUGGGUGGGAUGGUCAAUGGACGGCAGGUGGGUGGGUGGGAUGGUCAAUGGACGGCAGGUGGGUGGGUGGGAUGGUCAAUGGACGGCAGGUGGGUGGGUGGGAUGGUCAAUGGACGGCAGGUGGGUGGGUGGGAUGGUCAAUGGACGGCAGGUGGGUGGGUGGGAUGGUCAAUGGACGGCAGGUGGGUGGGUGGGAUGGUCAAUGGACGGCAGGUGGGUGGGUGGGAUGGUCAAUGGACGGCAGGUGGGUGGGUGGGAUGGUCAAUGGACGGCAGGUGGGUGGGUGGGAUGGUCAAUGGACGGCAGGUGGGUGGGUGGGAUGGUCAAUGGACGGCAGGUGGGUGGGUGGGAUGGUCAAUGGACGGCAGGUGGGUGGGUGGGAUGGUCAAUGGACGGCAGGUGGGUGGGUGGGAUGGUCAAUGGACGGCAGGUGGGUGGGUGGGAUGGUCAAUGGACGGCAGGUGGGUGGGUGGGAUGGUCAAUGGACGGCAGGUGGGUGGGUGGGAUGGUCAAUGGACGGCAGGUGGGUGGGUGGGAUGGUCAAUGGACGGCAGGUGGGUGGGUGGGAUGGUCAAUGGACGGCAGGUGGGUGGGUGGGAUGGUCAAUGGACGGCAGGUGGGUGGGUGGGAUGGUCAAUGGACGGCAGGUGGGUGGGUGGGAUGGUCAAUGGACGGCAGGUGGGUGGGUGGGAUGGUCAAUGGACGGCAGGUGGGUGGGUGGGAUGGUCAAUGGACGGCAGGUGGGUGGGUGGGAUGGUCAAUGGACGGCAGGUGGGUGGGUGGGAUGGUCAAUGGACGGCAGGUGGGUGGGUGGGAUGGUCAAUGGACGGCAGGUGGGUGGGUGGGAUGGUCAAUGGACGGCAGGUGGGUGGGUGGGAUGGUCAAUGGACGGCAGGUGGGUGGGUGGGAUGGUCAAUGGACGGCAGGUGGGUGGGUGGGAUGGUCAAUGGACGGCAGGUGGGUGGGUGGGAUGGUCAAUGGACGGCAGGUGGGUGGGUGGGAUGGUCAAUGGACGGCAGGUGGGUGGGUGGGAUGGUCAAUGGACGGCAGGUGGGUGGGUGGGAUGGUCAAUGGACGGCAGGUGGGUGGGUGGGAUGGUCAAUGGACGGCAGGUGGGUGGGUGGGAUGGUCAAUGGACGGCAGGUGGGUGGGUGGGAUGGUCAAUGGACGGCAGGUGGGUGGGUGGGAUGGUCAAUGGACGGCAGGUGGGUGGGUGGGAUGGUCAAUGGACGGCAGGUGGGUGGGUGGGAUGGUCAAUGGACGGCAGGUGGGUGGGUGGGAUGGUCAAUGGACGGCAGGUGGGUGGGUGGGAUGGUCAAUGGACGGCAGGUGGGUGGGUGGGAUGGUCAAUGGACGGCAGGUGGGUGGGUGGGAUGGUCAAUGGACGGCAGGUGGGUGGGUGGGAUGGUCAAUGGACGGCAGGUGGGUGGGUGGGAUGGUCAAUGGACGGCAGGUGGGUGGGUGGGAUGGUCAAUGGACGGCAGGUGGGUGGGUGGGAUGGUCAAUGGACGGCAGGUGGGUGGGUGGGAUGGUCAAUGGACGGCAGGUGGGUGGGUGGGAUGGUCAAUGGACGGCAGGUGGGUGGGUGGGAUGGUCAAUGGACGGCAGGUGGGUGGGUGGGAUGGUCAAUGGACGGCAGGUGGGUGGGUGGGAUGGUCAAUGGACGGCAGGUGGGUGGGUGGGAUGGUCAAUGGACGGCAGGUGGGUGGGUGGGAUGGUCAAUGGACGGCAGGUGGGUGGGUGGGAUGGUCAAUGGACGGCAGGUGGGUGGGUGGGAUGGUCAAUGGACGGCAGGUGGGUGGGUGGGAUGGUCAAUGGACGGCAGGUGGGUGGGUGGGAUGGUCAAUGGACGGCAGGUGGGUGGGUGGGAUGGUCAAUGGACGGCAGGUGGGUGGGUGGGAUGGUCAAUGGACGGCAGGUGGGUGGGUGGGAUGGUCAAUGGACGGCAGGUGGGUGGGUGGGAUGGUCAAUGGACGGCAGGUGGGUGGGUGGGAUGGUCAAUGGACGGCAGGUGGGUGGGUGGGAUGGUCAAUGGACGGCAGGUGGGUGGGUGGGAUGGUCAAUGGACGGCAGGUGGGUGGGUGGGAUGGUCAAUGGACGGCAGGUGGGUGGGUGGGAUGGUCAAUGGACGGCAGGUGGGUGGGUGGGAUGGUCAAUGGACGGCAGGUGGGUGGGUGGGAUGGUCAAUGGACGGCAGGUGGGUGGGUGGGAUGGUCAAUGGACGGCAGGUGGGUGGGUGGGAUGGUCAAUGGACGGCAGGUGGGUGGGUGGGAUGGUCAAUGGACGGCAGGUGGGUGGGUGGGAUGGUCAAUGGACGGCAGGUGGGUGGGUGGGAUGGUCAAUGGACGGCAGGUGGGUGGGUGGGAUGGUCAAUGGACGGCAGGUGGGUGGGUGGGAUGGUCAAUGGACGGCAGGUGGGUGGGUGGGAUGGUCAAUGGACGGCAGGUGGGUGGGUGGGAUGGUCAAUGGACGGCAGGUGGGUGGGUGGGAUGGUCAAUGGACGGCAGGUGGGUGGGUGGGAUGGUCAAUGGACGGCAGGUGGGUGGGUGGGAUGGUCAAUGGACGGCAGGUGGGUGGGUGGGAUGGUCAAUGGACGGCAGGUGGGUGGGUGGGAUGGUCAAUGGACGGCAGGUGGGUGGGUGGGAUGGUCAAUGGACGGCAGGUGGGUGGGUGGGAUGGUCAAUGGACGGCAGGUGGGUGGGUGGGAUGGUCAAUGGACGGCAGGUGGGUGGGUGGGAUGGUCAAUGGACGGCAGGUGGGUGGGUGGGAUGGUCAAUGGACGGCAGGUGGGUGGGUGGGAUGGUCAAUGGACGGCAGGUGGGUGGGUGGGAUGGUCAAUGGACGGCAGGUGGGUGGGUGGGAUGGUCAAUGGACGGCAGGUGGGUGGGUGGGAUGGUCAAUGGACGGCAGGUGGGUGGGUGGGAUGGUCAAUGGACGGCAGGUGGGUGGGUGGGAUGGUCAAUGGACGGCAGGUGGGUGGGUGGGAUGGUCAAUGGACGGCAGGUGGGUGGGUGGGAUGGUCAAUGGACGGCAGGUGGGUGGGUGGGAUGGUCAAUGGACGGCAGGUGGGUGGGUGGGAUGGUCAAUGGACGGCAGGUGGGUGGGUGGGAUGGUCAAUGGACGGCAGGUGGGUGGGUGGGAUGGUCAAUGGACGGCAGGUGGGUGGGUGGGAUGGUCAAUGGACGGCAGGUGGGUGGGUGGGAUGGUCAAUGGACGGCAGGUGGGUGGGUGGGAUGGUCAAUGGACGGCAGGUGGGUGGGUGGGAUGGUCAAUGGACGGCAGGUGGGUGGGUGGGAUGGUCAAUGGACGGCAGGUGGGUGGGUGGGAUGGUCAAUGGACGGCAGGUGGGUGGGUGGGAUGGUCAAUGGACGGCAGGUGGGUGGGUGGGAUGGUCAAUGGACGGCAGGUGGGUGGGUGGGAUGGUCAAUGGACGGCAGGUGGGUGGGUGGGAUGGUCAAUGGACGGCAGGUGGGUGGGUGGGAUGGUCAAUGGACGGCAGGUGGGUGGGUGGGAUGGUCAAUGGACGGCAGGUGGGUGGGUGGGAUGGUCAAUGGACGGCAGGUGGGUGGGUGGGAUGGUCAAUGGACGGCAGGUGGGUGGGUGGGAUGGUCAAUGGACGGCAGGUGGGUGGGUGGGAUGGUCAAUGGACGGCAGGUGGGUGGGUGGGAUGGUCAAUGGACGGCAGGUGGGUGGGUGGGAUGGUCAAUGGACGGCAGGUGGGUGGGUGGGAUGGUCAAUGGACGGCAGGUGGGUGGGUGGGAUGGUCAAUGGACGGCAGGUGGGUGGGUGGGAUGGUCAAUGGACGGCAGGUGGGUGGGUGGGAUGGUCAAUGGACGGCAGGUGGGUGGGUGGGAUGGUCAAUGGACGGCAGGUGGGUGGGUGGGAUGGUCAAUGGACGGCAGGUGGGUGGGUGGGAUGGUCAAUGGACGGCAGGUGGGUGGGUGGGAUGGUCAAUGGACGGCAGGUGGGUGGGUGGGAUGGUCAAUGGACGGCAGGUGGGUGGGUGGGAUGGUCAAUGGACGGCAGGUGGGUGGGUGGGAUGGUCAAUGGACGGCAGGUGGGUGGGUGGGAUGGUCAAUGGACGGCAGGUGGGUGGGUGGGAUGGUCAAUGGACGGCAGGUGGGUGGGUGGGAUGGUCAAUGGACGGCAGGUGGGUGGGUGGGAUGGUCAAUGGACGGCAGGUGGGUGGGUGGGAUGGUCAAUGGACGGCAGGUGGGUGGGUGGGAUGGUCAAUGGACGGCAGGUGGGUGGGUGGGAUGGUCAAUGGACGGCAGGUGGGUGGGUGGGAUGGUCAAUGGACGGCAGGUGGGUGGGUGGGAUGGUCAAUGGACGGCAGGUGGGUGGGUGGGAUGGUCAAUGGACGGCAGGUGGGUGGGUGGGAUGGUCAAUGGACGGCAGGUGGGUGGGUGGGAUGGUCAAUGGACGGCAGGUGGGUGGGUGGGAUGGUCAAUGGACGGCAGGUGGGUGGGUGGGAUGGUCAAUGGACGGCAGGUGGGUGGGUGGGAUGGUCAAUGGACGGCAGGUGGGUGGGUGGGAUGGUCAAUGGACGGCAGGUGGGUGGGUGGGAUGGUCAAUGGACGGCAGGUGGGUGGGUGGGAUGGUCAAUGGACGGCAGGUGGGUGGGUGGGAUGGUCAAUGGACGGCAGGUGGGUGGGUGGGAUGGUCAAUGGACGGCAGGUGGGUGGGUGGGAUGGUCAAUGGACGGCAGGUGGGUGGGUGGGAUGGUCAAUGGACGGCAGGUGGGUGGGUGGGAUGGUCAAUGGACGGCAGGUGGGUGGGUGGGAUGGUCAAUGGACGGCAGGUGGGUGGGUGGGAUGGUCAAUGGACGGCAGGUGGGUGGGUGGGAUGGUCAAUGGACGGCAGGUGGGUGGGUGGGAUGGUCAAUGGACGGCAGGUGGGUGGGUGGGAUGGUCAAUGGACGGCAGGUGGGUGGGUGGGAUGGUCAAUGGACGGCAGGUGGGUGGGUGGGAUGGUCAAUGGACGGCAGGUGGGUGGGUGGGAUGGUCAAUGGACGGCAGGUGGGUGGGUGGGAUGGUCAAUGGACGGCAGGUGGGUGGGUGGGAUGGUCAAUGGACGGCAGGUGGGUGGGUGGGAUGGUCAAUGGACGGCAGGUGGGUGGGUGGGAUGGUCAAUGGACGGCAGGUGGGUGGGUGGGAUGGCAAUGGACGGCAGGUGGGUGGGUGGGAUGGUCAAUGGACGGCAGGUGGGUGGGUGGGAUGGUCAAUGGACGGCAGGUGGGUGGGUGGGAUGGUCAAUGGACGGCAGGUGGGUGGGUGGGAUGGUCAAUGGACGGCAGGUGGGUGGGUGGGAUGGUCAAUGGACGGCAGGUGGGUGGGUGGGAUGGUCAAUGGACGGCAGGUGGGUGGGUGGGAUGGUCAAUGGACGGCAGGUGGGUGGGUGGGAUGGUCAAUGGACGGCAGGUGGGUGGGUGGGAUGGUCAAUGGACGGCAGGUGGGUGGGUGGGAUGGUCAAUGGACGGCAGGUGGGUGGGUGGGAUGGUCAAUGGACGGCAGGUGGGUGGGUGGGAUGGUCAAUGGACGGCAGGUGGGUGGGUGGGAUGGUCAAUGGACGGCAGGUGGGUGGGUGGGAUGGUCAAUGGACGGCAGGUGGGUGGGUGGGAUGGUCAAUGGACGGCAGGUGGGUGGGUGGGAUGGUCAAUGGACGGCAGGUGGGUGGGUGGGAUGGUCAAUGGACGGCAGGUGGGUGGGUGGGAUGGUCAAUGGACGGCAGGUGGGUGGGUGGGAUGGUCAAUGGACGGCAGGUGGGUGGGUGGGAUGGUCAAUGGACGGCAGGUGGGUGGGUGGGAUGGUCAAUGGACGGCAGGUGGGUGGGUGGGAUGGUCAAUGGACGGCAGGUGGGUGGGUGGGAUGGUCAAUGGACGGCAGGUGGGUGGGUGGGAUGGUCAAUGGACGGCAGGUGGGUGGGUGGGAUGGUCAAUGGACGGCAGGUGGGUGGGUGGGAUGGUCAAUGGACGGCAGGUGGGUGGGUGGGAUGGUCAAUGGACGGCAGGUGGGUGGGUGGGAUGGUCAAUGGACGGCAGGUGGGUGGGUGGGAUGGUCAAUGGACGGCAGGUGGGUGGGUGGGAUGGUCAAUGGACGGCAGGUGGGUGGGUGGGAUGGUCAAUGGACGGCAGGUGGGUGGGUGGGAUGGUCAAUGGACGGCAGGUGGGUGGGUGGGAUGGUCAAUGGACGGCAGGUGGGUGGGUGGGAUGGUCAAUGGACGGCAGGUGGGUGGGUGGGAUGGUCAAUGGACGGCAGGUGGGUGGGUGGGAUGGUCAAUGGACGGCAGGUGGGUGGGUGGGAUGGUCAAUGGACGGCAGGUGGGUGGGUGGGAUGGUCAAUGGACGGCAGGUGGGUGGGUGGAUGGUCAAGGUGGGUGGGUGGGAUGGUCAAUGGACGGCAGGUGGGUGGGUGGGAUGGUCAAUGGACGGCAGGUGGGUGGGUGGGAUGGUCAAUGGACGGCAGGUGGGUGGGUGGGAUGGUCAAUGGACGGCAGAUGAGUGGGUGGGAUGGUCAAUGGACGGCAGGUGGGUGGGUGGGAUGGUCAAUGGACGGCAGGUGAGUGGGUGGGAUGGUCAAUGGACGGCAGGUGGGUGGGUGGGAUGGUCAAUGGACGGCAGGUGGGUGGGUGGGAUGGUCAAUGGACGGCAGGUGGGUGGGUGGGAUGGUCAAUGGACGGCAGGUGGGUGGGUGGGAUGGUCAAUGGACGGCAGGUGGGUGGGUGGGAUGGUCAAUGGACGGCAGGUGGGUGGGUGGGAUGGUCAAUGGACGGCAGGUGGGUGGGUGGGAUGGUCAAUGGACGGCAGGUGGGUGGGUGGGAUGGUCAAUGGACGGCAGGUGGGUGGGUGGGAUGGUCAAUGGACGGCAGGUGGGUGGGUGGGAUGGUCAAUGGACGGCAGGUGGGUGGGUGGGAUGGUCAAUGGACGGCAGGUGGGUGGGUGGGAUGGGCAAUGGACGGCAGGUGGGUGGGUGGGAUGGUCAAUGGACGGCAGGUGGGUGGGUGGGAUGGUCAAUGGACGGCAGGUGGGUGGGUGGGAUGGUCAAUGGACGGCAGGUGGGUGGGUGGGAUGGUCAAUGGACGGCAGGUGGGUGGGUGGGAUGGUCAAUGGACGGCAGGUGGGUGGGUGGGAUGGUCAAUGGACGGCAGGUGGGUGGGUGGGAUGGUCAAUGGACGGCAGGUGGGUGGGUGGGAUGGUCAAUGGACGGCAGGUGGGUGGGUGGGAUGGUCAAUGGACGGCAGGUGGGUGGGUGGGAUGGUCAAUGGACGGCAGGUGGGUGGGUGGGAUGGUCAAUGGACGGCAGGUGGGUGGGUGGGAUGGUCAAUGGACGGCAGAUGAGUGGGUGGGAUGGUCAAUGGACGGCAGGUGGGUGGGUGGGAUGGUCAAUGGACGGCAGCCGUGCAACCCAGCAGUGGGAGGUCCCGCCAAAUCACAACUGGUGCAUGAGACAGACGCCCUGGGAGGGGAGAUUGGCAGGAUGACGGACAGGUGCUACGUGCAGAAGCGUGUGCUCAACCGGUCGCGAGGGCCGGCGGUGUGGGCUUUAAGAGCACAGACAGACAAGCGGGAAUACAGCGAGGAGAUGCGCAAGGUGGUGGAGAACACGCCCAACUUGUUCAUCCGCGAGGCGAUGGCGACGGAGCUCAUAGUGGGCCCGAACGACAACGUGCAGGGAGUGCGGACGUUCUUUGGGGUGGACUUUCUGGCCAAAGCGGUUGUGCUCACCACAGGCACAUUCAUGAACGGCCGGAUUUGGGUGGGACGGCAGUCCCUCCCGGCAGGCCGGGCAGGGGAGGGAGCCUCCCACGGACUCACCGAAUACCUCCUCUCCCUCGGCUUCGAAUCCGACCGUCUAAAAACCGGCACGCCGCCGCGGAUCGACAUCCGGACCGUCGAUUUCUCCCGGCUAGAAGAGCAACCAGGAGACGACCCCGAUGCCGACGGCGUGGGGAAGCGGUGGUUCAGCUUUGAUGAGAGCGUGUGGAGGCGGAGGGAGCAGAUGAGUUGCUGGUUGACUCGCACAACAGCGGAGACCCAUCGCCUGGUGGAGGCGAGCCUGCAUGAGACGCCCACUUAUGGUGGCUGGGUGGAUGGGAGAGGGCCGCGCUACUGCCCGAGCAUUGAGGAUAAGAUAGUGCGAUUCAAGGACAAGGAGUCUCACCAGAUCUUUCUGGAGCCUGAGGGCCGAACCGUGCCAGAGCUCUAUGUGCAGGGAUUCUCCACGGGUCUGCCAGAGCGUCUCCAACUAGCCCUGCUUCGCUCUCUCCCCGGCUUGGAGCGCUGUUCAAUGUUGAGACCUGCCUACGCCGUGGAAUACGACUACCUGCCGGCGUACCAGUGCCAACGCACACUCAUGACCAAGAGAAUUGAGGGGCUGUUUUUUAGCGGGCAGAUCAACCGCACGACUGGAUACGAGGAGGCUGCUGCUCAGGGGCUGAUUGCAGGGAUCAACGCGGCCAGGCUGGCGGGUGGGAAGCCGCUGAUCGCGCUGGAGAGGGAGAGCAGCUACAUUGGCACUCUAAUUGAUGACCUGGUGACCAAGGAUUUGAGAGAGCCGUACCGCAUGCUGACAAGCCGUUCAGAGUUCCGACUGUUGCUGCGAUCUGACAAUGCCGACGUGCGGUUGACACCCAUGGGGAGGGAGAUCGGGCUGAUUGAUGAUCGCCGGUGGGGCAUGUAUUUGGCGAGACAGGCGAGGAUGGACACUGAAAAAGAGAGGCUCAAGCGGUACAAGCUGGCAGCCUCACACCCAGCCAUCCCAGCAAUAGAGCAGCUGUCAGGAGCAGUGCGGCACGGCACACCGCUGGAUCAGAUUCUCCGCCGCCCACACGUCACCUACCGCCUCUUCAGAGACCUCAGCCUCAUGGGCGCCCCUCCCCCACUCUCCUCCUCCUCUGGCUCGGAAAGUGGCUCGGAAAGUGGUUCGGAAAGUGGUUCGGAAUGUGGUUCAGAGGCGGUGGGGGAGUGGGGGGAGGGAGGGGCGGUGGUGUCGGCGUGGGAGGCGGAGUGUGUGGAGGUGGAGCUGAAGUAUGAGGGGUUCAUUCAGAGGCAGAAGCAGCAGCUGGAGCAGGUGAUAGCCAAGGAGCACCGCCGCAUUCCCGACGACAUUGACUUCGACUCCAUUGCCACCGACAUUGACUACGACUCCAUUGCCACCAUCUCCAAGGAAGCGCGCGAAAAGCUCUCCAAGAUUCGGCCGGCCACCAUUGGGCAAGCGUCUAGACUGGGCGGAGUCAACCCUGCUGACAUCACAGCUCUGCUAAUUUUCCUGGAAGUUCAACGCCGGAAGAAACAGACGACAAACGGAACCGUGCCAAGUCGGCUCGGUGGUGCGGUGAAUGGUGACAUUGAUGGUGGCGCACUGAUGUCGAGUGAGCCGGCAGUUGCAGUCGCGAAUUUCCGCAGCGAUCAUUUACCUUUACCUAGAGCUAUGGCCGAAGAGGGUGUUGCAACCGUCGAGGUUCAGUAUGUUCCAACUGAGGAACUUCAGCCUGUCGAAGAUUUGGAGGGCGUCCUUUCCGGUCUUGGGGCGAAGCUUGAGUCGAAAGACUGGUUCGUGGUUUGCGAGGGGCUUAUUGAACUCCGGAGGGUUGCGAAGUUCAACAGCGAACACCUUACCGAACGACUUGAAUCCUAUUUUGAUCCGAUGGUGAAGUCUCUGAAGAACCCCAGGAGCGUUCUCAGAAAGACUUUAUGGAUGACCUUUGAGGACCUGUUUAGGUUCAACACGACGUGCAUGGAAGGGUCGCUUGAAUCCUUGAUGCAACCUUUGCUUAUCCAAGCUUCACAAGAUAAUAAGUUCAUGGUGGAAGCCGUUGACCGUGCGCUUUCGACAAUGGCAUCGUCUCUUAAUCCGGAAGUCACCCUGAAGGCGCUUCAAACGUGCAUCGCGCAUAAGAGCCCGAGAGUACGGUCAAAGGCAAUGAUUUACGCCUACCAAGCGGCAGUUCGACUGAGCCCGGAUCAGGUCAAGCUUAUUGGGCUGGAUGUGCUUUUAAAGAUUGCCGCAACUCAGAUGAAGGACCAAGUCCCGGAGGGUCGGGAAGCAGCUCGAAAGCUUGCAGUAUACCUUCACUCGCUAUAUGUUGCUAUGGAAGAUGCGGCUGCGGAGAGCCAGGGGACAUCCGAACCAUGGGAGGGAUAUUGCAGCAAAAGGCUUUCAUCGACUGAUGCUGCAGCAGUGCUCAAGGUUUCAGAGUCACAGGAAUUUAUUAAGCUUCAGAGGCCCACCAACGGGAUUACAAUUGAUCGCAUGGAGCGGGACGAGGCGUGGCGGGUGACGGUGCGCAUUCAGCAGUGCGACAUGCGGAGAGGGUACCUGUGCGGAUCCAUGGAGGCUCUUAACGUUCCCUCCACUGACACCUCGGUGGUAACCUUUUGGGACGGAGAGAUUGUGGACGGCAAGAACUAUUCCUUCUUCACAGGACAGUGGGAUGCCACUCGUGAAACUGACAUCAAGCACUGGUCUCGCUUCCCAUGCUUCGCACAGCUCAAGGAAUCAGCACUUAAGGACGGAGCUCGAUCCAUAGACCUCUCAACAUUUCCUUACAUCUUCAUGCGGUGGAAGGAGAAGUUCUUUGUGAACGUGGGCCCGGACUGUGGGCUCACAAUAGCGGGCUUCUACUAUGUGUGUUUCAAUCGGGAGGAUGGGAGUGUCACAGGCUACUACUACGACCCUAGCAGCAGUCCCUUUCAAAAGCUGGAGCUCCAGCCACAGCAGCUGAGCUCUUCUGGGUACACAUCUGGCACAUUCGCUCUCUGCUAG